GCAGCUGCAGUGGAGAAUCAUGUUAAGCUCGGCUACUGCGGAGAGCCCAAGGUAGCCCAAUAAUGGAUUUUGAUGAGCGUGGUCCCUGCUCCUCUAACAUGUAUUUGCCAAGUUGUACUUACUACGUCUCCGGUCCAGAUUUCUCCAGCCUCCCUUCUUUUCUGCCCCAGACCCCGUCUUCGCGCCCAAUGACAUACUCCUACUCCUCCAACCUGCCCCAGGUCCAACCCGUGCGCGAAGUGACCUUCAGAGAGUACGCCAUUGAGCCCGCCACUAAAUGGCACCCCCGCGGCAAUCUGGCCCACUGUUACUCCGCGGAGGAGCUCGUGCACAGAGACUGCCUGCAGGCGCCCAGCGCAGCCGGCGUGCCUGGCGACGUGCUGGCCAAGAGCUCGGCCAACGUCUACCACCACCCCACCCCCGCCGUCUCGUCCAAUUUCUAUAGCACCGUGGGCAGGAACGGCGUCCUGCCACAGGCUUUCGACCAGUUUUUCGAGACGGCCUACGGCUCCCCGGAAAACCUCGCUUCCUCGGACUACUCCGGGGACAAGAGCGCCGAGAAGGGGCCCCCGGCAGCUGCGGUGACCUCCGCGGUGGCGGCGGCGGCAGCGGCCCCCGGCGUGACUGCAACUUCAAGUUCGGACGGCGGUGGCGGCGGCGGCUGCCGGGAGGCGGCGGCGGCGGCGGAGGAGAAGGAGCGGCGGCGGCGGCCGGAGAGCAGCAGCAGCCCGGAGUCCUCUUCCGGCCCCACUGAGGACAAGGCCGGCGGCCCCAGUGGCCAACGCACCCGCAAAAAACGCUGUCCUUACACCAAGUACCAGAUCCGAGAGCUGGAACGGGAGUUCUUCUUCAGUGUCUACAUUAACAAAGAGAAGCGCCUGCAGUUGUCCCGCAUGCUCAACCUCACCGACCGGCAAGUCAAAAUCUGGUUUCAGAACAGAAGAAUGAAGGAAAAAAAAAUUAACAGAGACCGUUUACAGUAUUACUCAGCCAAUCCUCUCCUCUAA